ACUAUGUUACUUAGUACCACAAACAAAAUUCUGUGUGAAGUGUGCAGUAAGAAAAAAGAUUGAAAAUAAAACAGCUGUACGGGAUUAAAACUAGAUAAUAUUUUAGUAUAAUGACUUGUGUAUUAAACACAUAUCAUCUAAUUAGAAUAACUGAAUGAUUUGAAUUUAAACAAUGAAAUUGAAAGUUCAAUAUCAAUAAGUUCCUAUAAGUUCUUAUCCCAUAUAUGGAAUGUUGUAAUUAAAAUGGAAACCUUAAGAAGAUCAUGGAAAUUACAAGAAUUUGUUGCCCACAAGGCAAACGUCAACUGCUUGGCUAUGGGACACAAAUCAAAUCAAGUCCUUGCUACUGGUGGAGAUGACAAAAAAGUUAAUCUUUGGGCUAUUGGUAGACAAGGGUGUUUAAUGAGCCUUAGUGGUCACACAACUCCAGUAGAGUGUGUUUGCUUUGGUCACUCGGAGGACUUAGUUUGUGCUGGUUCUCAAACAGGUGCCUUAAAAAUAUGGGAUUUAGAAGCUGCAAAAUUAUUAAGAACAUUCACGGGACAUAAAGGUGCUAUUAAAUGUAUGGAUUUCCACCCCUAUGGGGAUUAUUUGACAACUGGAUCAUGUGACAGUAAUAUCAAACUAUGGGAUACGAGGAAAAGAGGUUGCAUUGUUACAUAUUCAGGUCAUAGACUUGCAGUGAACAGUCUACAAUUCAGUCCAGAUGGUCAAUGGAUAGCAUCAGCCUGUGAAUAUGGUUUGGUAAAAGUGUGGGAUGUUCGGAUUGGAAAGGUUUUACAAGAGUUCAUGGAGCACACUUCAGCUGUGACCUGUGUCAAGUUCCACCCACAUGAAUUCUUGCUCGCCAGCUGCGGUGCUGACAAAACAGUAAAUUUUUGGGACAUGGAAAAAUUCCAACUAGUAUCUAAAUUUGAAAAAGAGAACACAUCAAUAAGGCACAUGGUGUUCAGUGAUGAUGGAGCUACGCUAUUAGGAUGUGGCAAUGAUGGGCUACAUGUCAUAGGAUUUGAACCUGCCAGGGUUUUGGACACAGUGAACGGACACUGGGGUCAUAUACAUGACAUAACAGUGGCACAGACACAACUUAUCGCGGGUUCGUUUCAUUCAACCUAUGUUGUUUUAUCUGUGGUUGACCUCAACAAAGUCCAUCCCUUUGGAGGUCCGCCGCCAACUAUUGUUAGAGACACCUCGCCAUUCCAGAAAGGACAGUCAGUUCGCAAGAGUUUUUCUAAAGAGAAACCACCUAAAGAAGUCUUGCAUAGACCAACACUCCUCGAUGAGAAGACGGCAGAGGAAUCGACUUCGGGGACGGAGGCAGAUGAAGAUUCAGGUGCUGUUAUAGCUAAUAUUAAUGACUACACUGAAAUAUUUCGUCCCUCUAGAGCCUUGCCGCGUACACCGCCUCCAGCCACCAGUUUAUCAUCGGAGGAUUUCUCAUUGAGUGGUCUAACAGGUGAAGAUAACAAUCUCGAAUCGGGUGCAGCACUUCGGGACCUGUCGUUGACACGGCGGGACUACGGAACCGAAAACACUGUCUUUAGUACUGUACUGAAAAGCAAUAAGGAAGAGAAGGUUUUCGCCUCCGCCCAGACAUCUCUUGUAAAAGAAUUCGCAACCAGCCCACUAACAACCUCAUCAUUAAAUAGACAUAACUCAUAUAAAGAGACAAAAUCAUCAACUGAUAUAACCUCGUCGAACCUACGUCAGAGUAAUAGCGAGGUAUCUUUGGGACCGCCUUCUCUCGGGCCACGUUCUUUAUCAUUCACGAGACCCCCUAGUCAAAUACCCAGAUCCCGUGUGGAACCUCCGCCGCCUCGGUCUCCUGAAGAUAGAGUGCCGGAGCCCGAGUUCGUGCCUUACUCCAUCGACCGACCAGUCGGACUGGACUUGGAUGAAUUCCUACCUCGGGGUGCGUGUGCGUCUGGCGUGGGUCGCGGCGCUCGAGGUCACGCGGCCGAGCCUAGUGAGCAGGAAGUGUUAGGGGUCAUGAUGAGAGGACACGACUCCAUGAUGACGGUACUGGCCGCCAGACAAAGAGCUCUACAGAUAUUUCACUCCGUCAGAAUAAACAAAAGCCUAAAAUCGGCACUGGACUCGGUGAUCGCUUUAGAAGACGCGUCUGUGAUACUCGACAUUCUUAACGUGAUGGCUCAUAAACCGUCUUUAUGGAAUUUGGACAUAUGUUUAUUAAUGUUGCCCAAGAUUUACGAACUGCUGCAGAGCAAAUAUGAAUCGUAUAUGCAAUGCGGGUGCAACGCUUUGAGACUAAUAGUACGCAACUUCUCCUCUGUGGUGCGAGCUAACGUGAGCGCGCCAGUGAGGACCCUAGGUGUCGAUAUACCAAGGGAAGAAAGAUACGCCAAAUGCGCGCAAAUACACAGACUGUUGCUAGACAUACGAGCGUUCCUUCUCAAAAGACAAACCCUACAAGGCCGACUCGGAGCUGCCUUCAGGGAUCUCCACACACUGAUGCAACAAGGACUUGACUGACGAAACCCGUUCCCACCGUGGGCUAUUUAUUUCUAACAUGGACUUAUACGGAAUAAAUGUGUUAAAUCUACCACAGUGCACUUAUAGUUAAAUAAUAAAAUAUUAAACAUUUUAAUACUUAUAAUAAAUCUAAUGUAUUAUUUAUUACAGUAUAUACAUAUUUAAUCUGUUAGAGCUAAGUUGCCAUAUUUUUUUAUCAGUAUCCAAUGUUUCUAAAAAGUCAAUAAAUAAUUUCUAUUAAUACCAUUAAUAAAAAAAAAACCUGCUUAAUAGGUUUAUUUUUAAAAUAAUAUUAAUUUUUAGUGGCCACACACCAAUUUAAAGACUGUAUUUGUUCAGUACUUACCAUUUAGUGUACAAAUUUUUUAUGCACUAGAUACAGUUUUCAUAUAGAGGACUUAGGUAACAUUAGAUUUUUAUUGAUAGACUGACAUCAUCAUUUGCAUCUAAUAAACCAUUAUAAUAUGUAAGGUCAAAAAUAAAAUAAAUACUACAUAUCCA